GCGCCGGCGCCACCAUUGAAUAUUUGGUCUGGCGAUCCCCGUGCGAUAGAGCGGUGCUGCGACAACGCGCCAAGGUUUCUGCCCUACUGAGCGAAUUUUCACUGCGAUUUUACAAUUGUGUGUGCAUUCUUCUUCGUGUACUUGUCUCUCGUGUACUGGCGGUCGUGUGAGAUUUUAAUAUCGAACUGAGGUUAAAUAAUUACUGAAGAAAAAAAAAAGAAAAAAUGCCAGAGGACGUGAACAUGUCGGACGCCGGCGAGGUGGAGACCUUCGCCUUCCAGGCUGAAAUUGCUCAGCUUAUGAGCUUGAUUAUUAAUACGUUCUAUUCAAACAAGGAAAUUUUCAUCCGAGAACUGAUCUCCAACUCGUCUGAUGCCUUAGACAAGAUUCGUUAUGAGUCAUUGACUGAUCCAUCAAAGCUGGAUACCUGCAAAGAGCUCUUCAUCAAAAUCAUCCCCAACAAGAAUGAUCGCACGUUGACAAUUCUUGAUUCUGGCAUUGGAAUGACCAAGGCUGAUCUUGUAAAUAACUUGGGUACUAUUGCAAAAUCUGGAACGAAGGCGUUCAUGGAGGCUCUGCAGGCAGGCGCGGAUAUUUCCAUGAUUGGACAGUUCGGUGUGGGUUUCUACUCUGCAUACCUGGUCGCUGACAAGGUCGUCGUGAUUUCGAAGCACAAUGACGACGAACAAUACUUGUGGGAAUCUUCGGCCGGCGGCUCAUUCACAGUGCGUCCUGACAAUGGCGAGCCAAUUGGACGCGGUACCAAAAUCAUUUUGUACAUAAAGGAAGAUCAGACCGAAUAUCUGGAGGAGUCCAAGAUCAAGGAAAUUGUGAAAAAACAUUCUCAAUUUAUUGGCUAUCCCAUCAAGCUUGUCGUAGAAAAAGAGCGUGAUAAGGAACUGAGCGAAGAUGAAGAAGAGGAGCCUGCAAAGGAGGGUGAAAACGAAACCGAGGACGACAAGCCCAAGAUCGAGGAUGUUGGCGAGGACGAAGAUGAGGAUAAGCCGAAGGAUGAGAAAAAGAAGAAGAAGAAGACCAUUAAAGAGAAAUACACCGAGGAUGAGGAACUCAACAAAACAAAACCGAUCUGGACUAGAAAUCCUGAUGACAUUACGCAAGAAGAAUACGGCGAGUUCUAUAAGAGCCUGACAAAUGAUUGGGAAGAUCAUUUGGCCGUCAAGCAUUUCUCCGUGGAAGGUCAACUGGAAUUCAGGGCGCUGCUGUUUAUCCCGCGUCGCGCGCCUUUCGAUCUCUUUGAAAAUAAAAAGAGAAAGAACAACAUCAAAUUAUACGUGCGACGUGUAUUCAUUAUGGACAAUUGCGAGGACCUGAUUCCAGAAUAUCUGAACUUCAUUAAGGGUGUUGUAGACAGCGAGGAUCUACCGCUAAAUAUUUCUCGUGAGAUGUUGCAACAAAACAAGAUCCUAAAAGUCAUCAGAAAGAAUCUAGUCAAGAAAUGUUUGGAACUUUUCGAAGAAUUGUCAGAAGACAAAGAGAACUACAAAAAGUGUUACGAGCAGUUCAGCAAGAACUUGAAAUUAGGAAUUCACGAGGACAGCCAAAACAGGAAGAAGCUUUCGGAACUUCUCCGCUAUCAUACAUCCGCGUCCGGUGACGAGAUGUGCUCGUUGAAAGACUACGUAGGCAGAAUGAAGGAGAGCCAGAAGCACAUCUACUACAUCACUGGCGAAAGCAGGGAACAGGUUGCCAACAGCUCGUUCGUGGAGCGCGUAAAGAAGCGUGGCUUUGAGGUCGUCUACAUGACCGAACCUAUCGAUGAGUAUGUUGUGCAGCAACUGAAAGAGUUCGACGGAAAGCAACUGGUUUCUGUCACGAAGGAAGGUUUGGAAUUGCCGGAGGACGAGGAGGAGAAGAAGAAGCGUGAGGAGGAUAAGGCGAAAUUCGAAAAUCUCUGCAAAGUCAUGAAGGACAUCCUCGACAAAAAGGUGGAGAAGGUAGUCGUGUCCAACAGACUGGUGGACUCGCCCUGCUGUAUUGUAACAUCGCAGUACGGCUGGACCGCGAACAUGGAGAGGAUCAUGAAGGCGCAAGCUCUUCGCGACACAUCCACCAUGGGUUACAUGGCGGCCAAGAAACACUUGGAAAUCAAUCCUGAUCAUCCUAUCAUGGAGAACCUGAGGCAAAAGGCCGAGGCGGACAAACACGACAAAUCGGUCAAAGAUCUCGUUAUGUUGUUGUUCGAAACCGCUCUUCUGUCAUCCGGCUUCGGGCUCGAGGAUCCGCAGGUACACGCGUCACGUAUCUACAGAAUGAUCAAGCUCGGCCUAGGUUUUGAUGAUGAGGAUACGCCAAAUGCCGAGGAAGAGAAGAUGGACACUGAAGUGCCGACGUUAGAAGGUGACGCGGAGGAAGCGUCGAGGAUGGAAGAAGUAGAUUAAGCUUCUUCAUGUAAAAUAGUUUGUUUUAUUUUAUUUUAUUUUUUUUUUUUUUU